AUGUCGGACGACGAUUUUAUGCUCGAAGAUGAAGACUAUAACUUUGAUUACGAAGACGACGAGCAGGAAGAACCUGAUGUUGAUCUAGAGAACAAAUAUUAUGCAGCAAAAGCUCGAAAAGAAGACGAUCCGAUAGGGGCGAUUAAAGAAUUUCAGAGCGUGGUGGAGACCGAGCAGGAGAAAGGCGAUUGGGGUUUUAAGGCGCUCAAACAAAUGUCCAAGUUAUCUUUUAAAGCUGGAGACUAUGAAUCGACACUCAAAUAUUACAAACAACUUCUUUCCUAUACGAAAUCAGCCGUGACGCGGAAUUACAGUGAAAAGAGUAUUAAUAAUAUAUUGGACUUUAUUUCCUCUUCCCAAGAUAUGACCUUUAUGGAAGAAUUCUAUUCGACAACUCUGAGUGCAUUAGAAGAAGCCAAAAAUGAGAGACUAUGGGUGAAAACAAAUUUGAAGUUGGCUAAACUUUGGCUUGACCGAAAAGAAUACACUCGACUGAAUAAAAUUCUGCGUCAACUACAUGCAUCUUGUCAAAAAGAUGAUGGAACUGACGACCAGCGUAAGGGAACACAUUUGUUGGAAAUUUUUGCACUUGAGAUCCAAAUGUACACGGAGACUAAAAAUAACAAAAAGUUAAAGGCCUUAUAUCAACAAUGUCUUCACGUUAAAUCUGCUAUCCCACAUCCACGUAUAAUGGGUGUUAUUCGUGAAUGUGGCGGCAAGAUGCACAUGGGAGAGAAGGAGUGGGAUAAAGCACAAACUGAUUUCUUCGAAUCUUUCAAGAAUUAUGAUGAAGCAGGAAGUCCUCAGCGCAUACAAGUACUGAAGUACCUUGUGCUUGCCAAUAUGUUGACCGAAUCACAAAUCAACCCGUUUGAUUCGCAAGAAACAAAACCGUACAAGAAUGAUCCGCAGAUUGUUGCCAUGACUAAUCUUGUCAGUGCAUACCAACGCAAGGAAAUCAGAGAGUUUGAAAAAAUUCUUAGAGAUAAUCGUGCUACUAUAAUGGAUGAUCCUUUUAUUCGAACCUAUAUCGACGACGUUCUCAAGAACAUUCGAACACAAGUUCUUCUUCGUCUUAUUAAACCUUAUACGCGAAUUGAGAUUCCUUUUGUAUCUAAACAACUUAAUAUACCAGCACAAGACGUUGAAGACCUUCUUGUCGGACUCGUUCUCGAUCAAAAAAUCAAGGGUCGUAUUGAUCAAGUGAAUCAGCGGUUAGAAUUAUACAGGCAGUCUUCCGACACUGAACGGUACAAUGCCAUCGAUAAAUGGUCAAAUAAUGUGUCUACUUUGUACAAGACGUGCAUAAACAGAGUCAAUUGA